CUUUUCUCAGACCGCGGGCGAUUUGGCAACUUCGACGCAGGCAGGAUUGGAAGGUUUCGCUGUGUGUGCGUGUCCGUGUGUGCGUGUAUGUGUGGGUGUGUGUACGGCGAACCCAUGCCUGCUAAGUGCAAACAGUCUUUUCGUGGCCGCGUAUUUCAUGGAUCUUAUUGAAGACAGCUCUACAGACUUUGAUUUUCUUUUUGCCAGUAUAAUGGGACUCUUGGAUGUGAUGAUCAAGUGAUUUAAGCUGGUGUGUGUGAUGGCGGAGCUUCCAUCUGGUCUUUUGGAGGCGUGUGUAGUCAUCGGAGCCUCAAGUGAUAAACUUCGCGAGAUAUACCAGCUUCACCAGCAUGGUAAUUCCAAAGAACUCCCCCUGCUGGAAGCCGAGGUACUGCAGGUCCAUGCCCCGCCUUUUGUUUCUAAGGAGACCAGCUCCAGCCAGGCGAUUGGUCCAGCUUUCAGUCGUGUCCAGAGGAGGAGGAGCUUCAUCAAGAAGAAAAAACGAGAUCGUCCCGUGGAUGAUCCGGUUAAUGGAGAAUCGGCAAAAAAUGCUGAGGCAUCGUCCACCAACGACGACAUCAGUGUUCCCAAGGACCUCGACCUCAUCGCCCUACCUCAGCUCUGUUUCCCUGGUGGUCUCCAGCUAGCCACUGAGCAGAAAGAAGACUCUUAUCACUUCCUGGUCUUCACAGACCUGUUUGGGAAUCGAACCCACGGAGUGGUCGUGCAGCAUCACAGAUCUGUACAGAUGUCUCAUGAAAGCAGUGCCCAGAAUGGCAGCAUCCAAAGGAGAAACUCGUUACGCCUCUACGCUCCCUUCGCUAUCUGCAUCAUCUCCAAGUUCCCUUACUACAACGCCCUGCGAGACUGCCUCUCCUGUCUGCUGGUCCAGUUGCGGCUGGGCAGGCAGUCAGAGUUUGAGGAGACGGUGAAGGAGGUUUCUGCCAAGCUGUCACUGGUACCCCUCCCUCCUCCUGGUCAGCUACACGUGUCGUUCAGUCUGCGCCCCCUCCAGAUCGUCCUCCCGUCCAGAGAGGCCCAGGACAGACCGGUGAUCGACAUCAACCUCCACCUGCCUCUGCUCUGCUUCACAGACGCCAUGCUGCUGCAGGUCCUGUCCUGCCUCCUACAAGAGGAGAAAGUGGUUCUGUUCUCCUCUGACUGGGCUCGACUCACUCUUGUGGCAGAGAGCCUUCUGCUGUACCUGCAGCCUCUCUCCUGGCAGCAGCCCUACGUCCCUGUCCUGGCCAAAGGCAUGCUGGACUUCCUCAUGGCUCCCACCGCCUUCCUCAUGGGCUGCCACGUCAGCCAUAUUGAAGAGGUCGCCGCAGAGACAGACGACCUGAUCCUGGUGAACAUUGACGACGGCAGCAUUCAGACCUCGUGGGCGGAGCAAAUGGUCCUUCCCUGCAUCCCCCUGGCUGCUGCCGAGUGCUUUGCAUCACGGACGGAGAGUCUCCAGCUGCACUACGACCUGGAGCUGUGCCACGCGGGCGCGGGCACGGACGCCAACGAGCGGCGGGCCCACCGCAGGGACUGGCAGCACCGCCUCAACACCCAGAUCCAGAACAUCGCCCUGGAACUGGUGCUCAACAUCUUCAGGGAUGUCCAGGACUACCUGAACUACGAACACAGAGUGUUUAACAGCGAAGAGUUUCUGAGGACCAGGGAACCCGGAGAACAGACUUUCUACAAGACGGUAUUAGACACCCACAUCUUCCACUCCUUCCUGAGGGACAGACUGAACAGGAAGAUCGACGCCUACAGCCGCAUGGAGAUCAACACACGUAACAGUGCGCCCAGGAACCGAGUCAUGACGGAUUCCCCGCGCCGGCCCCCCAUGUCGGAGCUGUCCCGGAGCGGGUACAGCGGCCCCGAGCACCGGCUGAGCAGGAGGCUGGGGGCCAGCCUGCCCAACCUGGACCAGUCCCCCGCCGACAGCAUGAAAGCCCUCAACUCCCACAGGCUGGCCUCACUCCGCAAGAUCACCCCAGACACUGGUCUGAAGUUCAACCAGAAGCCGGUGAAGGUGUUCCGGCUGCCAGAGUUCCCCCCUCCUCUGGCCUACCACUACGUCCAGAACUACUACCAGGACAUGGUGGUUUCCCUGGGGAAGGCAAUCAGCGCCACACCGCCGGAUGACUCCUCCCUGCUAGCCAGGUACCACUACCUGCGGGGCCUGGUCAACACGGUGUCCAACAAGCGUCUGGACGCCCUGGAGGACUUCCAGAGUCUGUACAAGACGGACGCAGAGAUCUUCCCCCCUCAGAUGGUCAAGGCCCUGGUGGACUCCCUGCCCGCCAGCGAGCGAGCCCAGGCAGAGAAGCGGCCGGAGCUGAAGCACUUCAUCAGCCGCAUCAAGCGGGAUCAGGAGCGGGAGCGGUCCCGCAGCGACAACAACGACGAGGAGGGCGCCAUCAAGCGCUUCAAGCUGCCCAAGAAGCACAUGCAGCUGGAUGAGUUUGUCAAGUGUGUGCAGGAGUCCGGCAUGGUGAAGGACCAGGACACCAUCCACAGCCUGUUUGAUGCCCUCACCGUGGGCCAGCAGAAGCAGGUGGGUCCUGAUCUGUUCAGGGUCUUCUACACCAUCUGGAAGGAGACGGAGGCUGAGGCCCAAGAGGUGUGUCUCCCGUCCUCGGUGCUGGAGCACCUGGAGCCCAGUGAGUGCGUGUUCAAGCUGUCGUCGUCGGUGAAGACCAGCCGCGGUGUGGGCAAGAUCGCCAUGACGCAGAGACGCCUCUUCCUGUUGACGGACGGUCGCCCCGGUUACGUGGAGGUGGCCCAGUACAGGGACAUAGAGGAUGUGAAGGUGUCCUCGGCCCCCCUCAUGCUGCUGAGGAUCCCCAGCCUGAAGCUGCGCGUGCGGGGCAGGAAGGACGCCUUCGAGGCCAACCUGAAGACGGAGGCGGAGCUCUGGAACCUCAUGGUGAAGGAGAUGCGGGCGGGCCGAAGCAUGGCCGACCUGCACAAGGAUCCCCAGUACAUGCAGCAGGCCCUGACCAAUGCCUUGCUCAUGGACGCCGUGGUGGGCAGCCUACAGAGCAACAAGGCCAUCUACGCUGCCUCCAAACUAUCCCACUUUGACCGCAUAAGGACGGAAGUGCCGAUGAUGGUUCCCCAGACGACGGCGGAGGUUCUGAAACACAAGAUCAACCCUUCCCUGGAGCUCACUACCCCUCACGCUGUAGACGUUCUGCUGUACACACCAGGUCAGCUGUGGGUGUCGGUGAGCGGGGGUAAGGUCAUGGUGUUCGAUGCCUCCACCUGGUCCAUCACACACACCUGUCUCCAGGUCGGAACCGCUAGACUGAACUGCAUGCUGGAGGUGGACUCGGACCAGGUGUGGAUGGGCUCUGAGGACUCUGUGAUCUACAUCAUCACCGUGGCGACCAUGGUGUGCAACCGACAGCUGACCGAGCACCGGACCGAAGUCACCGGCCUGACCCUGGGAACGGACAAGUACAGCCAGAAGGUGGCGUACUCGUGCAGUGCAGAGGGCAAUGUCAUGCUGUGGGACUUGGCUACGCUACAGGUGAGGAAACAGUUCCGUCUGUCCUGUGACCGCCUGCUGUCCGUCUGCAAUCACAACGGAGGCCUUUGGUGCUGCUCUAGGGACAGUAUCAUGGAGGUGUGGAGGAACGGUUCCCUGAAGCACCGCAUGAGCCUCCCUGAGCAGCUCAAAGGAGCCGGCACUGCCUUCAGCUCCAUCCUGCUGCUACCUGAGCUGGAGGAGUUGUGGAGCGUGUGCAUGGACUCGGGGGAGGUGUGUGUGUGGCACAUCAAGGACGCUACCAGACCCUACCACCGGGUGGAGCUGCAGGACUGUAGUGGCUGUUUCUGCAUGAUCAGGGUUAAGAACCAGGUGUGGAUCGGGGGCAUGGCCCGCAGCUCUCUGAAGGGUAAGGUGUACAUCCUGGACGCGGAGCGCCACCUGGUGCUGAAGGAGCUGCACGGCCACGCCGACCGCGUCACCGCGCUCUGCUCCGCCGAGGACCGCUACGCCCUCAGCGGCGCCGGGAAGCUCGAUGGCAAGGUCGCCAUCUGGAAGGUGGAGUAGGCGGAGCCUGAGGGAGGCUCGCCACUGCCAGAGAUAGGUUCGGGGGAAGCAUUGUGUGAGGACCUCCGUACCAGAGAGCCUUUCCUUGUGGGGACGCAGACUAAACAGUGGGAGAACGCUGGGCAUGAAGGCCGGGAGCCUCCCUCUUGUGGAUGUACCUGGGAUGAAACGUUCCUCGUUCCAUCCAGGACCGGGGUCAGGACCUGGGUAAUGAGGACUUCCUGUCAUGAAUGGAUAUCCUCGUUGGGACUUCACAGAGUACAGGACCCCUGGGAAUGACGGCAAGGAGAACCAUGAUCACACACACAUCUCAUCACUCAAAUGGGGACGUUGGAAUUUUCUCAUCCAAUAACGUCCCAUUCAAUACACGUUUGUGUAUUGAAUUGAGAUGUUUGUUGAUAUAAACUGGAAGUGUACAAAAGGAGAACGGCUUGUUCGGAUAAUUCAAGCAAGUGUUUCUGACUUUAAUGGAACAAAAAAUUAGGAAGACCUUUCGGAUCUUUUAGUUAAAGAAAACCGACGUUAAGCGUGUUACUACAGAAUCAAUGGUGAUCGACAACUUCUCACUAUAGCGACGACAUGCACAUGAACAGACCAGUAUUACCGUGUGUGUGUGUGUGUGUGUGUGUGUGUGUGUGUGUGUGUGUGUGUGUGUGUGUGUGUGUGUGUGUGUGUGUGUGUGUGUGUGUGUGUGUGUGUGUGUGUGUGCGUGCAAGGGGUUGUAUGCGUGCAAGGGGUUGUAUGCGCGUGUGCGUGCGUGCGUGCGUGCAAGGGGUUGUAUGCGCGUGUGCGUGCGUGCGCAUACAACCCCUUUAUGUACCAAAGAUGUGCCAAAAUAAGAUGUCAAUAAAUUUAUAUUUUACAAAAAAUAAUUAUAUAUUAGGAACAUGAGUAUUACAACACAUGAUUCACAAUGAAGGUAAAAUCAGCUUUGGCCUAUUUUAUAAUUCAUUAAAAACCCACCUUUAAAAAGAUUUACAACUUUUUGACCACAAACUACUUCGAUAUGCAAUGCAAAAUGAAUGAGGAUGUUUGGCUUGAAAUUGCUGCAACUGAUGGAACAUUCCUUUUUCAAACGAUUCCAAUGAAUUGAAGGCUUAAAGAAUGACCUUAUGAUAACAUUAAAAUGGCUGCCAUACUAUCAGUUAUCAUUAAAAAAGAUUUCCCCUCACUGAAGUUGAACUCAAAAACGUCCAUCGUUGCAUUGUAUACAUUUGUUAGUUAUAUAAUAUUUAUGUUAAGGCUCAAUAGGGCCAAAUAACUUUUCCAUUCUGGCUUUCAACAUAUUUUCGUAUCGAGAACAAACUGCUUUUAAGUGAAAAAGGUGGUUAAAGUAUUUCUGACAAGGCAAUGUGAAACAUGACCAGUUAACAAAACGUAAUGCUGACCAACAACUAGAAUCUUUUUCAAACAAUGGCUUUUAUGCUUUAAUAUGUGAUUUCGGUAGACUUAAAUACUUAUCAUUUAUUGUUACGCCAUUUUCUGUCGGGCUACUUUAUUCUACUUUAAAUGCACAUUUUUAUUUACCAUUUGUUUCAUCUUGCACUUAAACUUCACAACUGGAGCCUUAAAUCAAACACUUCCAUUGUAUUAUAUUUUUUCUUUAAUCCAUUUAGCAUAUAUGGAACACUACGUUGUCUUUAAUAUAUCAAACUGUUUUGAUGAAGGGCAUUGUUUUAUUGCAACAUAUUUAUAAACUGCACAUGUAUGUUUGUGUUUUAGAUUUAUAUACUCCAUGUGAUUUAGGUUGGUGAGGUGACACACUUCACUUGUAACGUAUAAGUUAGUUAUCGAUGAGUAUUAUAGCCCAAAAUAAGAUUUCAGUUUUACUUUAUCCUCGUUUUAUUCAACCUUUGUAUUGUACAUAAUAAACAAGCCAUUUGACAACCCUUUACACAUUCUACUUUGUGUGUCAAUAUUCCAGCAUUAAUCAAACGUUUCUCUCAGUUGAGUUUGCUGAUGAAUUCCUAAUGUAAUCAAAUUCCCUCAAUCUACUAACAUUGGGAAGGGGCCACCGCUGUACCUAUCCCCGUUCACCAGAGGAGGGCGCUGCCAUGUCUAUUAACGCCUCCGAUCUUGCCCAAGAGGGACUCGACGGAUCCAAUUACGCGACAUAUACCGAAUUACUUUAAAUUAAGA